AUGGGGUCCUCUUCUCCUCCUCCUCCGCCGCCGCCGGUGCAGAUCGAUCAUCUCCUCUCGCAAUUUCCCAUCACCCCCAAACCCGACCCCGACGGCCCAAUCCCUGCGCAAACCCCCGUCCCCGUCGCAGCACGGUCGGCUCUGAUGCUCGCGCUCACCCCGGAGCUCUGCGACGUUCUCCACCGGGAGCUUGCUCCUUCCCCCGACGACGAUCCCUUCUUCGCUCGCUGCCUUCGCCAAUCCCAGCUCCGCCUCGAAGCCCUCGCCGCCAGUCUCCAGCCCCCCUCUUCCUCCUCCUCCGCCGCACCUCUUGCACGGGUCCCUCCUCCGCCUCCUUCUCUCCCCCCUCAGCAGGAGCUGCAGGUGCGGCUGCCGCAAGAACCAGGCGCAGGCAGCGGAUCCAAUCCCUCCAGCUCCAAGAAGCGCGCACGCGCCGCCACUGAGGUGGUGCGCGCCACGCACCUCAGCCCGGCGGACCAUCUCCGCUACCGCGCCCUCGUCCGCCGCGCGCGCCUCACCUUCGAGGCGCUCCGCAGCUCCUACCAGCGCCAGGAGACCUCUAGCGGCCUCCGCAACCGCCAUGACCUCCGCGCCUCCAGCCAGAUGCUCGCCGCCGGCCACUGGCUCCACCGCGAUGUCCGCAUCGUCGGCGACAUCCCCGGCGUCCUCGUCGGCGACGCCUUCUACUACCGCGCCGAGAUCUGCGUCGUCGGCCUCCACACCGCGCCUCAGGCCGGCAUCGGCUACAUCCCCGCCAGCCUCCUCGACGAGGGCCACCCCGUCGCCACCAGCAUCGUCUCCUCCGGAGGAUACCUUGACGACGAGGACACCGGCGACGUCCUUGUCUACACCGGCAGCGGCGGCCGCCAGCGCCACCGCCUCGACCACCACGCCAACCAGACGCUUGAGCGCGGCAACCUGGCGCUCCACAACAGCUACCUCUACGGCGUGGAGGUGCGCGUCAUCCGGGGCCACGACAUCGACCAUGGUCCCCACCGCAAGGUCUAUGUCUACGACGGCCUGUACAGGGUCGUUAGCUCCACCUUCGGCCCCGGCAAGUCCGGCCACGACGUCUGCAAGUUCAAGCUUGUGCGUCUCCCCGGCCAGGACGACCUAGCCAGCAAGACCUGGCACACCGCCAAGCUGCUUAAGGAGUCCAUGGACGCCAGAAUCCGCCCGCCAAGGUACAUCUCCCUCGACCUCUCCAAGGGGGCGGAGGUCCUUCGCGUCCCUGUCUGCAACAAGCUGGACGACGACAGGUCUCCCCUGCUAUUUGAGUACAUUGUCCACCCUGAGUUUCCAGUGCCGCCAGCGCACGAGCCAGUCAAGCAGCACAGGGGCUGCCACUGCACGACGGGCUGUGGCUCCAAGUGCAGAUGUGAGAGGAAGAACGGCGGGGGGCCACUGUAUACUGAGGAUGAGACUCUGGUGAUGGGAAGGCCGGUGGUGUAUGAAUGCGGUGCUCUGUGUGGGUGCCCCGUGACCUGCGUGAACCGCGUGACGCAGCGAGGGAUGAAGCACCGGCUGGAGGUGUUCCGCUCCAAUGAGACAGGCUGGGGUGUCAGGGCGCUUGACUUGAUACAGCCGGGAGCUUUUGUGUGUGAGUACACUGGGCAUGUGGUCGUUAUGGAUGAUCAGCCAGGCAGUGCGUUGAUGGAGGGUCGCAGCAUCAUCGAUCCAAGGAGGUUUCCGGAGCGAUGGAGGGAGUGGGGAGAUGCCUCGGCUGUUGAACCAAACAUGAAGAGACGCCAGUUUACCAAGUUGGCAGGGCCAGGUUAUGUUCUUGACGUGUCACAUAAGAGGAAUGUGGCCUGCUACAUUAGCCACAGCUGCACCCCUAAUGUGUUUCUUCAGUUUGUAUUGCGUGGCAAUGAGGACGAGUCAUUCCCUCACCUGAUGGUUUUUGCCAUGGAGACCAUCCCACCCAUGCGUGAGCUGAGCAUCGAUUAUGGAAUUGAUGGGGAGAUUAUGGAAUUGAUGGGGAGUUGA